GAGGAGGGGAGGAGAGGAGGGUGGUCUCAGUCUCAGCUAAGCGGCUGCUUUAGUCCCCCACCAUAAGCAAAUUCACAGAUGUCUCUGCACGCGUCUCAGCCGUCAUGAGAAGACAGCCUGCUCCUGUGUGAGCCCCGGACAGAGUGAAGCAGAAAGGGAUUCAAAGAGAAUCAGCAAGGAAAAGGGUGGGAGGGAGAGCGGGAGAACGAAGAGGAGAAGGCGAAACACAUACAUCGCUGCCACUCUGACGUUUCUGCUCAUGAGCCCAAUCUGGUGUGUUUAAGCGCAAGAAGAGAAAAGAGGGAGGAAAAUAAAUCCGUGGACCCUGACAUCUCUUUGUUUUAAUUUUCUCUCUCAUUUUUUUAAUUCAUUCAAUGAAUGAAGGCGGCUCCUACUAACACGGCAGAGUAAAAGAAAGAGAUGCUUUGAAGGCUGUCUCUCUUUUGACAAGGGGCAAGAAAGAGAAAGAAAGGGGGAGUCAGACGGCGCAAAACUGGAUUUCUAGGAUGACUCGGAGUCGACUCGGAAGCUUGGAAUACGAGCCUCACGCUGAAGUCUCUGAAUGAGGGGCCGGGUCUGAGAAUGUAAAACCGUAGGGAGAUUUCGGAUGUCACUCAUGACGCAUCUUCUAUUGCGUUUGACCAUCUUGAGCUGCGAACAUCUCUGCUCCGCAUACAGCAGCGUCUACAGUCAAGCACGAGACAAAAGCUGGUGACAGUAUCUGACGGCACAGGAGGACAGAAGAAAACCGAAGGAGGGGCCUGUGAUUGCUCCUGCUUGAUCGGGGCUUUUGGUGGCCUGCGUGUGCAAGCAGCCAGAGGGAGAGAAACGGGUAAUGUUGAAGUAUCAUGGAGACAGUCACCGUUAGGUAACCCAUCGAGCAUGGAGUUUUGCCUUCUCAGCCACGCAUCAACAGCACCGCAAUGAACCAGUUCUGACUGUGGAUAAUCCGGAGCCAAACAACCAAUCAUUGAGAUGCCGAAGAGAAGAGAUAUUCUUGCCAUCGUGUUGAUCGUGUUACCCUGGACUCUACUCAUCACCGUUUGGCACCAAAGCGCUAUAGCUCCACUCCUCGCUAUCCGAAAGGCCUGUCACCACCUAGUAAAAGAGAUCUUUAUCAUUCCAGAGAGGCUUGCGGUCCACCACCACCGACUCUCAGAUGAAGGCGGCGAGGGCAGGAGGGAGGCUGGUGGUCAGGACUCCAAAGAAUACUGUGCCUCAGAUAAGGACAUUGUGGAAGUGGUGAGGACAGAGUACGUGUACACGCGGCCUCCACCCUGGUCAGAUGUGCUGCCCACGAUUCACAUCAUCACUCCCACAUACAGCCGGCCGGUGCAGAAGGCAGAGCUGACCCGCAUCGCAAACACCUUCCUCCAUGUCCCCAACUUGCACUGGAUUCUGAUAGAAGACUCGCAGAGGAGAACUCCUCUCGUCACAAGUCUCCUCCGAGAGACGGGGCUAAACUACACCCACCUCAACGUGGAGACUCCCAAGAACUUUAAGGUACGAGGUGACACUCGUGACCCCAGGAUUCCCAGAGGAACCAUGCAGCGGAACCUGGCCUUGCGUUGGCUUAGGGAGACCUUCAAAAACAACAACAGCCAGCCGGGCAUCAUCUACUUUGCAGACGAUGACAACUCGUACAGCCUGGAGCUAUUUGAGGAGAUGAGGUCGACUCGGAAAGUCUCGGUGUGGCCUGUGGCCUUCGUGGGUGGCCUGCGCUACGAGUCCCCCAAGGUAAACGCAGCCGGAAAGGUCUACGGCUGGAAGGCGGUGUUCGACCCCCACCGGCCAUUUGCCAUCGACAUGGCUGGCUUCGCCAUCAACCUGAAGCUCAUCCUCGCCAAACCACAGGCGUACUUUAAGCUCCGCGGCGUGAAGGGAGGCUACCAGGAGAGUAGCUUGCUCCGAGAACUCGUAACACUCAAUGACCUGGAGCCAAAAGCUGCCCACUGCCCUAAGGUUUCCUCGGGUUUUUUUUUUUUUUUUUUUCUAUGAUCAUGAAAGUUCAGCAGCUCAACUGAAAACAGUUUAACUGUAUUUGACACAGUCCGAAAUCUGCAAAAUAAGGUCCAGGAUGUAAAUUGGUUUUGAGUUGGGAACUUCUUCAUUCAUUCAUUCAUUUAUUCAUUUUUAUGUUCACUGCCUUAAUUAACAUAAAGUAUUAAUCUUAUAAAGUACUUUAUGUUAAAUGCUUAGUGAAUGUAGAUUUAAUUUAAAUCUGUUGAAAAAAAUAAAAUAAAAAUCAAGUAAGAGUGGCAAAAUAAUUUACACAUACUCCCCCCUCUGGUUGCUGCAUCUGAGUUUUAGCGUAGCAAUAAAUGUAGAGGCUUGCAUGCCACCAGUGUCAUUUUAACGAUGUGAUAAUGAUGUGAACAUUGUCAACCAUGACCAAAACCGCAAACGGGGUGGUUCUAAAAAUAUUGUUUAUAUUAUUUUAAGAAACAAGCAAUAGAAACAACAUGAUUUCAUAUGUUUGCACAAAUGACAAAAAAAUCAUUUAAAAUCUAACGCCUUCCCCCAGUCUUUUAGAAAUUACCCUAAAUGGCUGUGCUGACCAUGUUUUUUUUGUUUUGUUUUGGGUUUUUUAAUGAAUGUUAUCCUGAUCACAGCGACAAAAUAAAAUUUUCUUGCAGCAACAGAGGACACGGCAAGAAGUCCUCUUAAAACAUCAUUAAAACAUCAAAACUUUAUUUUUCAAGAAAUCUGUUUCUCAACAGAGUUUCCGUUGGUGCCUUUUUUAAUAAACAUGGAAAAAUGGUUCUCAAAUUCCAUAUUCAGUGCAAGUCACUGAGCGGCUUCUUUUAACUUUAAAGAAGAAGCACAAGCACUGCCGAAGCACA